CGCCGGGCUGGAGAUACUGGACAGUCAGCAGAAGAAGGGAAGGCUGACGUCAGCAAAAGGAGACCGCAGACAGAGAGAGAGAGAGGCGAGCGGAUUGAAGAAGCCUUCGCAUCAGGAAUAAUUGUGACAUCAUCGCUGUUUGCUAAUCAUUUCUCUGGCUGCUUGCUUGGUGCCUUUUUAUUAUUGGGCCCGACGAAAAAUCCGGAGGUCUGUUAUUGUACGUAUGCAUACGAGUGGCGGCAAGUGGCCGCAGAAGAAGGCAAGGCAGGUGUCGGGGUGCGCGAGGCCUGGUGUGACAAAGCAAACCCAAGACUGCUAUAAAGAUGGUGCGAAUUUUGGCUAAUGGAGAUAUUGUGCAAGAUGAUGACCCUCGAGUACGACAGACCACUCAGAAUAGGGAGAACUCCUCUCGACUCGUGAGGAAUGGUGGCUUUUUCAACGCAACCUCCAACGCUGGUCCCAACCCACCACAGCACUACCAGCAGCAGCAGCAACAGCAACAGCGCCAGAAUGCAAGGCCUGGGGAACGCUCGCCGUUCUCAGACAUCAAUCAGCAGCUGGUGAACAUGGGUUUCCCCACUUGGCACCUUGGCAACCAGGUGGUAGAGCCGGUGAUGUCCAUCCUGCUGCUCUUCCUACUUAUGAUGGUGGGCGUGCGAGGUCUGCUCUUGGUGGGCCUCAUUUAUGUCGUCUCCCACCUAAGCCAGCGAUGACAUGAACUCCAGCACGGACUGCUGGUUGCCUGAGGGAUUCGGAGCCAAAUAUUUUUGUCCAAUGUAUGAGCGUGGGUUAGAGAGAGUCCGUAUGUCCGUAUAUGUGCGUGUUUGAAACAAAUUCUCCUUGCCCAAGAACUUUUGUAAACGGUGUUUUCAAGAGACAGAAUUAAGCAACUUGGAGUAUGAGCUAAUGGGAAUAUAUAUAUAUAUAUCUUUUUUCUUUCCUUCUCUAGCUUGAAAUGAGCCAUUUUUUCAUGCUGGGCCCAUGAUAUUCUGGUAGGAAUGAUAGCUUUUUUUUUUUUUUUGCUGAGGGCACCAUCUCACGGUUAUCAAAGGGAACUUUAUUUAGGAUUUUCUUCUUUAAGACCGGCGGUGAAAGCUCAGCCUCUGAUAGAGAAACAUUGAAAAAUAGGCAGGUUUUUAAAGGGAAAUCAUGCCUUCCAUAUAGGUGGGAGAACUGAAAAGUCAUAUACAAAGAGAGAAAGAGAGAGAGGCCUUGGGACUUGGCUAGUUCACAUUGUUGGAAUCCCUUCCUCUCUGACAUAGGAACUUUGGUUGUGUGAAAUGGGCAUUGGGUUGUGGUUAGCUGGGGUUCGUGAAGAAGAGCCAUUUUGUGGCCUCUGGGAUCAGUGAGGCAGCCAUGUUGAGAUCACUGCAUUUUUUAUAAACCGACCCUCUUGGUGUGUAAUAUUCAAAGGUGACUCCUCAGGUAUUUAUCUGGAGGCUUCCUGGUGCCUCAAGUCAGGCCAUUUUUUUCUAAUAUUAAAUAAAGAAUACAAAAGCAGGGUUUGUAUGUGUUGCUGUGGGGGUGGGGGUUGUUACCGAAUGAGGCUGCAAUUUCUGUAUGUAAAAUGAUACUUGUUGCUUCAAAUAAGCAGAAUUCAUGGGACAGAGCAAACAUCCAUGUGUAUGUAAGCUGAUGAAACAGUGCCCCCAAAUGCUUUCUCUGCUAGCAUUGUCUGCCUUCUAAAAUAGUGGAGGAACUGAGUCAAAGCAAAGAGAAAGUUAUUUGUAAAACCAUCAUCAAGACUCUUAAUUCCAAUUACAAACUGUUUUUUUCCCUCUCUUUAUAUUUCCCUUCUUAGCAGAGUAUAGUUGCAUUUCUUUCUUUCUUUUUUCUUUUUGUUUCAUUUUGGCCUAUUCGCAGGCUUGACAAAGAAAUAAAAAAUAUCUACCUG